AUCCAGCUGUUCGCUGGUCAACUACCUUUUAAAGUAAUUUCUCCAAAACGUUUGUUCGAGCAGAAAACUUCUUGCACUAUCAGACAGUGUCAGGAGAAGGCAGGCAAAGAGCAUCAAUUUAUACUUAUAAGCUUUUUCUCGUUUCGAAAAAAAAACGCUGGAAAGUUUAUAAAAGUUGACAGGUGUGCGUAAGUCCUUGGCUGCGCCUUUAAAACAGACCUUCGGCUCUGGCAUAAGCGUCUGUCAUUUUUUUUUCCGCCUUACAUUAAGCCAUUGAGUAGAUAAGUGCGAUCGGGGCACGUUGGAGAGAGAAGGGAGUGCUGUGGAUCGGAAUGUGGAAGCCACUGUGUGAUUAUCUGGUGGAAAUGCUGGCACAUCAGGAUCCCUGCCCUCCGCAUCCUUCAUGGUAGGAGCGGCGGCUGUGAGUGAGUCCGUGUGAAGAAGCCCAGCGCUUGUUUGUCUGCUCUGGCCCUGAUAGCGUGCAACCACUCUGCCCCAAAUGUCCUUGUCAUUAGUCUUACUGCUAAUAUCGGCUCUCCACUUCCGCCAUCAUGGAUCGGAAGCCCAAAUCAACAAGAUCCAGCCAUCAAGUAACAAGGAGCAGAACGGAGUACAUGAUCAUCAGCAUGAAAAAGUUAUCACAAUAUCAGAGGAUGGAUUUGUGCAGAGUCCACGAUUUCCUCAGAGUUAUCCGCGAGAUGUGGUGCUGUUGUGGAGAUUAAUAGCAGCUGAUGAAAAUAUGCAAAUACAACUAACCUUCGAUGAAAGAUUCGGACUUGAGGAACCAGAGAACGGAUUAUGCAAGUUUGAUUUUGUAGAAAUUGAAGAUCCAAGUGAUGGUACAAUUAUUGGACGGUGGUGUGGCUCCAGUGUGGUCCCAGGCAUACAAAUAUCGAAGGCAAAUCAAGUGCGGAUACGGUUCCGAUCUGAUGAAUACCUGCCAUCAAAGCCAGGCUUCUGCAUUUACUACUCCCUUCGGGAAUCUGCCCAUUUUGAAAGCCCAACACUCGUGCCACCAUCUCCUCUAUCUUUGGAUGGCUUAAGUGAGGCUGUCUCAGGCUUUGACACUAUAGAGGAGCUGAUCAAGUACUUGGAACCAGAGAGGUGGCAGCUGGAUUUGGAAGAUUUGUACAAACCAACCUGGCAGAUGCUUGGAAAGGCUUUUGUGCAUGGUAGAAAAUCCAGAGUUGAUCUGAACUUGCUGAAAGAAGAAGUGAAGCUGUACAGCUGCACACCACGCAAUAUAUCAGUGUCUCUGAGAGAGGAACUCAAACGGACAGAUACCAUCUACUGGCCAGGGUGUCUACUGGUAAAACGCUGUGGGGGUAAUUGUGCCUGCUGCUCCCUUGGCUGCCAAGAUUGUCAAUGUGUUCCCAUCAAAGUGUCAAAAAAAUACCAUGAGGUUCUUCAACUACGAUAUAGAAGUCCUGGGAAACCAUUGCAGAAAUCCCUGGCAGAUGUGGGAUUGGAGCACCAUGAAGAAUGUGGCUGUGUGUGUAAAGGAAAAACAGAAGGUUAAGCUAGUUUGCCCUUUUACCUUUCAAAGACUUGAAGCAUUGAAAAAUGGGGCCUGUGUGCAUUAUCUUGUUCAGAGAUCACACUCAUCUCAGUUUUCGACUUUCCACUUUGUAGUUUUUUGGUGGACUUUGGUGUAGACAUGUAGCUCUCCUGCCUAUAAAUGGACCUGAAAAGUAUGAAACAGGGGACGAACUCCAUUCCCAAUAAGAUUUGGAUAUCUAGAUGAUGGCAAAGAAAAUAGCUCAUGCAUUGAACUCUGGGUUCCCUUUCUUUCUCACCUGUGUAAGGAUAUAAAUAUUACUUAAUUUACUGUUCCAGUUCUGAACCAAGUAAAAUUGCAGAAAAUAGUUUUCAAGAGAAAGGACUACUUCUGGAAUCAACUACUGCUUACCACCAUAAAUGUUGUGACUUGCAGUAUUCCUCGCCUCGUGGCUGAAAACUUCCAAGAAAAUCUGUUUGUGUUGUGCUGCUUGUCCUCGUGUGAUAUCACUUCCUGUGUGCAUCAUUUUCUUCCAUACACAAUUUUUAAAGAGAAAUCUGCAAUUUCUGCUACGAUAUCCUAGCAAAUGUGUCACAGUGACAAUAUACUGGAGAGAUGCAGAAUUUGAGGAGAGUAAGGACUUACCAGACUUUUCUGAGGGCAUUGCCUGAAGUUGUGUACAUUUUUUUAUAUCUUCUCAUUUAGGCUAAUAUGACUAAAGCUUUUUUUUUGUAUUACAUUAAAUGUAUCUAUUUUGUACCAAACCUAUUUAAGAAUUUAGCUUUUGCAUUGUCUGAGAUGACUCAUGAUUUACAACACUUUAACAAAAGGGAAAUGGGUAGGUGUGAUCAAAAGCACAGUCAUAUCAUUGCACUGUCAGUGUUGGUGCUUUGUGUAAUGUACUGUAUAUAUCUUUUUCUACAGUAGCCACUAUUCCAAAGAUCGAAUUAACCAGAACGUCUACUUAAUUGUCUACUUUGUUCAUAA